AUGACAAAAAAUAGCAGUAUUGCGCCCCAGGCGGGGGUUCACACCAUCGGAUCCCGAGUCUGGGUCGAGGAUGGUGUGGAGGGCUGGGUCAAGGCCAAGGUGGUUGCCCUGGGGCCCACGGAUAUCACCGUGGCUCUGGAGGACGGCACCUCCAGGACCUGCAAGGCGCAGGAUCUUCCCCUGCAGAACCCUGGGACCUAUGGCGUGGAGGACAUGACCACCCUGUCGUACCUGAACGAGCCGGGGGUGCUGUGGAACCUGCGCGUGCGCUACGACCAGAACGACAUCUACACCUACACGGGCUCCAUCCUGAUCGCGGUCAACCCCUUUGCGGCCAUGCCCCAUCUGUACGGUGCCCACAUGAUGGACCAAUACCGCGGCGUCGGCCUGGGCGAGCUGUCCCCGCACGUCUACGCCGUGGCCGACUCCGCCUACCGCCAGAUGCGGCGGGAGGGUCGAAGCCAGAGCAUCCUGGUGUCUGGCGAGUCCGGAGCGGGGAAGACAGAGACCAGCAAGCUGAUCAUGCAGUACCUGGCCUGGAUGGGGGGUUACCGUGCAGAGUCAGCGCCCACCAACGGCAGCAUCCGCAGCGUGGAGCAGCAGGUGCUGGAGUCCAACCCGCUGCUGGAGGCGUUUGGCAACGCCAAGACCUCACGCAACGACAACUCCUCCCGCUUCGGAAACGACUGCCACGAGCUGGCGGGGGUGAGCGACGCGGAGGAGUACCGCCGCACGCGCCGCGCCAUGACGCUGGUGGGCAUCGACGCCGCCUCCCAGGACGCCGUCUUCGCGGUGGUGGCGGCCGUGCUGCACCUGGGCAACGUCGCGUUCGUCCCCGGCGACGGCGGCGACGGCAGCGCCGUGGCCGAGCCGGCCUGGGCCCACCUGGAGGCUGCUGCGGCGCUGCUGGGCGUGGAUGCCGCGGGCCUGGCCCGUGCACUCACCACCCGCACCCGCCAGACCCCCGACGGUCCCAUCGUGAGCCCGCUGGACGUGGGUGCGGCCUCCGACAACCGCGACUCGCUGGCCAAGACGGCCUACUCCCGCCUCUUCGAUUGGCUGGUGGGCGCGGUGAACGACAGCAUUGGGCAGGACGCAGGCGCGGCCAGCCUGAUCGGCGUGCUGGACAUCUACGGCUUCGAGCAGUUUGCAUCCAACGACUUUGAGCAGUUCUGCAUCAACCUGGCCAACGAGAAGCUGCAGCAGCACUUCAACGCCCACGUCUUCAAGCAGGAGCAGGCGGAGUACGAGCGCGAGGCCAUCGCCUGGUCCUACAUCGAGUUCGUGGACAACCAGGACGUGCUGGACCUGGUGGAGGCGCGGCUGGGCAUCCUGGACCUCCUGGACGAGGCGUGCCGCUUCCCGCAGGCCACCCACGCCGACCUGGCCGCCAAGCUGUACGCCGCGCCGGGCGUGGCCGGGUCGGCGCGCUUCUCCAAGCCCCGCCUGGCGCCCACCGACUUUACCAUCCAGCACUACGCCGGCGCGGUGACCUACCGCACCCAGAACUUCCUGGCCAAGAACCGCGACUUUGUGGUCGCCGAGCACCAGGCCCUGCUGGGCGCGUCGGGCAGUGCCUUUGUGCGCGCGCUCUUCCCCGGCGAUGCCGUGCCGGGGGCGAGUGGGACUCCCGGCGCCGGCGCCUCCUCCGGCUACCGCUUCUCCAGCGUGGGGUCGCAGUUCAAGAAGCAGCUGGCAGAGCUGAUGGAGGCCCUGCGCGCCAUGGAGCCGCACUAUGUACGCUGCAUCAAGCCCAACGGCGCCAACCGCCCCGCGCGCUUCGAGAACACCAACGUCCUGCACCAGCUGCGCUGCGGCGGCGUGCUGGAGGCGGUGCGCAUCUCCUGCGCGGGCUACCCCACCAAGCUGCCCUACGACGCCUUUGCCGACCACUUCUGGCCCCUGGCCGUCGACAGCCCGGGCCUGGGCGACGCCGAGCUGGCGCGGCUGGUGGUCCAGCGCCACCUGGACCCCGCCGGCGCGCAGUUCGGCACCACCCCCCCCCCAAACAAAAAGACGGCCUACUCCCGCCUCUUCGAUUGGCUGGUGGGCGCGGUGAACGACAGCAUUGGGCAGGACGCAGGCGCGGCCAGCCUGAUCGGCGUGCUGGACAUCUACGGCUUCGAGCAGUUUGCAUCCAACGACUUUGAGCAGUUCUGCAUCAACCUGGCCAACGAGAAGCUGCAGCAGCACUUCAACGCCCACGUCUUCAAGCAGGAGCAGGCGGAGUACGAGCGCGAGGCCAUCGCCUGGUCCUACAUCGAGUUCGUGGACAACCAGGACGUGCUGGACCUGGUGGAGGCGCGGCUGGGCAUCCUGGACCUCCUGGACGAGGCGUGCCGCUUCCCGCAGGCCACCCACGCCGACCUGGCCGCCAAGCUGUACGCCGCGCCGGGCGUGGCCGGGUCGGCGCGCUUCUCCAAGCCCCGCCUGGCGCCCACCGACUUUACCAUCCAGCACUACGCCGGCGCGGUGACCUACCGCACCCAGAACUUCCUGGCCAAGAACCGCGACUUUGUGGUCGCCGAGCACCAGGCCCUGCUGGGCGCGUCGGGCAGUGCCUUUGUGCGCGCGCUCUUCCCCGGCGAUGCCGUGCCGGGGGCGAGUGGGACUCCCGGCGCCGGCGCCUCCUCCGGCUACCGCUUCUCCAGCGUGGGGUCGCAGUUCAAGAAGCAGCUGGCAGAGCUGAUGGAGGCCCUGCGCGCCAUGGAGCCGCACUAUGUACGCUGCAUCAAGCCCAACGGCGCCAACCGCCCCGCGCGCUUCGAGAACACCAACGUCCUGCACCAGCUGCGCUGCGGCGGCGUGCUGGAGGCGGUGCGCAUCUCCUGCGCGGGCUACCCCACCAAGCUGCCCUACGACGCCUUUGCCGACCACUUCUGGCCCCUGGCCGUCGACAGCCCGGGCCUGGGCGACGCCGAGCUGGCGCGGCUGGUGGUCCAGCGCCACCUGGACCCCGCCGGCGCGCAGUUCGGCACCACCAAGCUCUUCCUGCGCGCCGGCAAGAUGGCCGAGCUGGACCGGGUGCGCACAGACCGCCUGAACGCCGCGGCGACGGCCAUCCAGGCCCACGUCCGUGCCUGGCUGGCGCGCCGCGCUUUCCAGGAGGCCGUGGCGGCGGCGGUCGUCCUGCAGGCCGCCGCGCGCGGGUUUGCGGCGCGGAGGGAGGCGCGCCGCCUGCGCCGCAUCCGCGCGGCCGUCAAGCUGCAGGCCGCCGUCCGGCGCUGGCAUGCACGGCGCGCCUUCCUGGCCGAGGUGGCGGCUGCCAGGACGGUCCAGGCGGCCUGGCGCGGUCUCGUGGCGCGGCGCCGGGCCACGGCGAUGCGCCGCGAGCGCGCCGCGCUGCGCCUGCAGUCCGCGUGGCGCGCGGCGCGCGCGCGCCGCGCCUUCCUGCGCACCCGCGCCGGCGUGGUGGCCGCGCAGGGCUGCUGGCGCCGGCGGCUGGCGCGGCGCGAGCUGCGCGCACGGCGCGCGGCCGCGCGCGACUCGGGACGCCUGCUGCAGGACAAGGCGGCGCUGGAGGCGCGGCUGGCGGAAGUGACCCGCGUCCUGGCCAGCGCGGAGAGGGGGGCGGCCGAGCGGGUGACGGCGCUGGAGGCCGAGGCGGCGGAGCGGGUACGUGCCACGACCGAGGGACGCGACGCGCUGGCGGCCGAGCUGGCGGCCCUCCGCCCGGAGCGCAACGCGGCGCGCGAGGAGGCGCUGAUGGUGGAGGCGCGCCUCAAGUCGGUGCUGGAGGAAGAAGGGCGCGGCGUCCGCAGCGCCAGCGGCGCGCUCGCCGUCGCCGUGCCAGGCGGCACGCCCGUGAACCUCGGGCCGGGGCCAGAGGCCACGCUGGGAACCGCUCCCACGCGUGCCGCGCCGGCCGAGGAGGGCGGCGUGUUCGACCGCGUGCGGCGCUACAUGACCUCGCCCAGCCGAGAGCCGGGCACGCCGGCCACGCCGGGCAGCGUCCGCGGCGGGUACGGCGCCGAGACCCCGGGGGAGGGGCUGUCGGAGAUGGAUCGGCGCCAGCGGGAGCUGUACGCCAAGCAGCAGCAGCUGCUGCGGGAGCAGCGCUCCGCGGACCAGGACCGCCUCCUCGGCUGCCUCGCGGAGAACCUGGGGUACCAGCGCGGCCGGCCGGUGGCGGCGGUGCUGGUCUUCCGCUGCUGCCUGCAGUGGAAGACCUUCCAGGCCGACCGGACACCCCUCUUCGACCGCAUCAUCGCCACCAUGGGGUCCCAGGUGGAGGCGCACCAGGAGGACAACGCCGUGCUGUCCUACUGGCUCAGCAACACGGUCACCCUGCUCUACCUCCUGCAGCGCAACAUCAAGCCCGCCAGCGGCGGCAGCUACACGCAGCGCCUCAGGUCCCAGAGCCAGAGUGUCACCAGGGGCCUGUUUGGAGGCACCAGCAAGACCGCCGGGUUUGGGUCCUUCUUCAGCCGCGCCGGGUACGGUGGCUCUCCCGGCGGGGAGGCCUCCAUCCACGGCGGGGCUGCCGGCGGCUUGCGCCAGGUGGAGGCCAAGUACCCUGCCCUGCUGUUCAAGCAGCAGCUGGACGCGUUUGUGCAGAAGAUCUUCCCCUCCCUGCGCGACAACAUCAAGAAGGACAUCAUGCCUCACCUGGCGGCCUGCAUCCACGCCCCCCGCAGCGGCGUGGGGCGGACCUCCCGCCCCGGCCGGGGGUCCAGCCACGGCGUGGAGGCGCCACCCGCCCGCUCGCCCCUGGGGGUGACGCGCUCCUCCACAGGGCAAGACGCGGGGUCGGCGCACUGGGCGGCCAUCCUGGGCGUGCUGGAGUCGGCGCUGGGCACGCUGCGCGACCACCACGUCCCCGCCUUCCUGGUGCGCAAGCUGUACGAGCAGCUCUUUUCCUUCAUCAACGUCCAGCUGUUCAACCAGCUGCUCCUGCGCCGCGAAUGCUGCUCCUUCUCCAACGGCGAGUACGUCAAGACGGGGCUGGCCGAGGUGGAGAUCUGGGCCGGCAGCGCCGGGCGCACCUGGGUGGGCGAGGGCUGGGAGGCCCUGGCCCACAUCCGCCAGGCCGUCACCUUCCUGGUCAUCCACCAGAAGCACAAGAAGAGCCUGCAGGAGAUCACCACCGACCUCUGCCCCGUGCUGACGGUGCAGCAGCUGUACCGCAUCAGCACCAUGUACUGGGACGACAGGUAUGGCACCGAGACCGUGAGCCAUGAGGUGCUGAGCAGGAUGAAGGCGCUGAUGGUGGAGUCGGCCGCCUCGGCCGCCUCCCACUCGUUCCUCCUGGACGAGGACUCGGCCCUGCCCUUCACCCAGGACGACGUGGCGGCCUUCAUGGACGACAAGGACUUGCUGGGGGAGAUGGGCAUCCCGGCCGCCCUGCGUGAUCAACCCAGCUUUGCGUUCCUGAACAAACGACUGGAACUGGCGCUGCAGAGUGCGGCGUAG